GACUGUCCCCAGCGCAUCACAGCACCACCACACAAAAAAAGCAAAAAUAAACAAAACACUCAAACACACAAAUCCAAAAGAGGAAACAGACCUAGAUCCUCUCUGAUCAUGGAUCUACGCCUCUGAUUCUACAAGACGGGCUUAGUUUUUCAGAUGAUCCCGCCUUGAGCUUCGCCAAUUAUUGCUUCAUCGUAGGUUGAUGGUUGGUUUAAUCAGGGAAAAACAAUAAAGAGAGCAUAAAAGGUUUGCAACGAAUGGCUUCAGUGGGUGUAGCACCUACUUCAGGUCUGAGAGAACCCAGUGGUCAUGCUGUUGGUGUGGAUAAGUUGCCAGAGGAGAUGAAUGACAUGAAAAUUAGGGAUGACAAAGAAAUGGAAGCCACAGUUGUUGAUGGUAACGGAACAGAGACAGGCCAUAUAAUCGUGACAACUAUUGGUGGUAGAAAUGGCCAGCCAAAGCAGACAAUUAGUUACAUGGCUGAGCGUGUUGUCGGGCAUGGAUCAUUUGGAGUUGUGUUCCAAGCAAAGUGCUUAGAGACUGGUGAAACUGUGGCCAUAAAGAAGGUUCUGCAAGACAAGAGGUACAAGAACCGUGAGCUGCAAACCAUGCGUCUUCUUGACCACCCAAAUGUUGUUUCUUUGAAGCAUUGCUUCUUUUCAACGACUGAAAAGGAUGAACUUUAUCUUAACCUGGUACUUGAGUAUGUUCCUGAAACGGUUCAUCGUGUAAUUAAACACUAUAACAAGUUGAACCAACGGAUGCCUCUGAUAUAUGUUAAACUCUACACAUACCAGAUCUUUAGGGCGUUAUCCUACAUUCACCGCUGCAUUGGAGUGUGUCAUCGGGACAUUAAGCCACAAAAUCUUCUGGUGAAUCCGCAUACCCACCAAGUAAAAUUGUGUGACUUUGGUAGUGCAAAAGUUUUGGUAAAAGGAGAGCCAAAUAUAUCUUAUAUUUGCUCUAGAUACUAUAGAGCACCAGAACUCAUAUUUGGAGCAACUGAGUAUACUACAGCUAUUGAUGUCUGGUCUGUUGGAUGUGUUCUUGCUGAGCUAUUGCUUGGACAGCCUCUGUUUCCCGGUGAGAGUGGAGUUGACCAGCUUGUGGAGAUUAUCAAGGUUUUGGGCACUCCAACAAGGGAGGAAAUCAAAUGCAUGAAUCCUAACUAUACGGAGUUCAAGUUCCCUCAAAUCAAAGCUCACCCGUGGCACAAGAUAUUCCACAAGCGUAUGCCUCCAGAAGCUGUUGAUCUGGUUUCAAGACUGCUGCAAUACUCUCCUAACUUGCGGUGCACAGCUCUGGAUGCCUUGAUCCACCCCUUUUUUGAUGAGCUUCGUGACCUGAACACCCGCCUGCCGAAUGGACGUUUCCUUCCACCUUUAUUUAACUUUAAAUCUCAUGAAUUAAAGGGGGUUCCUGUGGAGAUAUUGAUGAAAUUGAUCCCAGAGCAUGCGAGAAAGCAAGUCCCGUUCUUGGCAUCUGAUUAGUUUGUGAGAUGUGAGAAACCUCAAGUGUGGUCCCAUAUGGAAGCUAUGAGUUCACCUGGCCUGCUAUUUGUCUCCAUUAUAUUUAAUGUACCUCAAUGUAUGACCUUGUUUUGUAAUAGCAGAUUUAGAUGUAUUCUAUUGAAUCUUGUAUUGUCCAAACCUCAAUGGGUAUUAUGAUUGCCUUAUCCCUGUAUCCCCAGAUUGUAACAUCACAUAGAAGACAAACAGCAGCAUUUAUCUAAAUGUUUAUCUGUAUUUGUAUUUCUAGAAGACA